AUGCGUAACUUAUAUGCUUUAACUUUACUGCUCAUAGCAGUAUCGGCAAGCACCAUACUUGGCGCCAGUGUGGAUAAUCGACAAUAUGGUCAGAAAUUUUGUCAAGGAAAGCCCAAUGGCUUGCGGGCUCUUGUGCCCGGCAGUUGUUCAAAAUUCAUUGAAUGUUAUCGUGGAGAGUCCAAGGAGUACACUUGCCCUAAGUUCUUUGACAUUACAGCUGGCAUAUGUGUGCAACACAAUCCAGGCUGCAUUGAAACUGUUGACGUAAAUCGCGAAUCGGCUACAGUUAGAGAUACGCAGAGUCCUUGCCAGGCAACUACUCCUCCAAGUGUUACCACUCGCCCGCCGUGCUCUGAAAACACUAAGCCCACCACAACUCCUUCGUGUGUUACAACAACCCCGCCAUGCACCGGUGACAAGACAACAACAACAACAACAACAACAACAACAACAACAACAACAACAACAACAACAACAACAACAACAACAACAACAACAACAACAACAACCACAACAACAACGACAACAACAACUCCAUGUACCACGACUACAACAACGACGACAACAACAACCACUACAACAACCACAACAACAACGACAACAACAACAACAACAACAACAACAACAACAACAACAACAACAACAACAACAACAACAACAACAACAACAACAACAACAACAACAACAACAACAACAACAACAACAACCACAACAACAACGACAACUCCAUGUACCACGACUACAACAACGACGACAACAACAACCACUACAACAACCACAACAACAACGACAACAACAACCACAACAACGACAACAACAACAACAACCACAACAACUCCAUGUACCACGACUACAACAACGACGACAACAACGACGACAACAACGACGACAACAACGACGACAACAACGACGACAACCACCACGACAACCACCACGACAACAACAACAACAACCACAACAACUCCAUGUACCACGACUACAACAACGACGACAACAACGACGACAACAACGACGACAACAACGGCGACAACCACCACGACAACCACCACGACAACAACAACAACAACCACAACAACUCCAUGUACCACGACUACAACAACGACGACAACAACGACGACAACAACGACGACAACCACCACGACAACCACCACGACAACAACAACAACCACUACAACAACUCCGUGCACCACGACUACAACAACGACUACAACAACGACGACAACAACAACAACCACAACAACUCCAUGCACCACGACCACAACGACGACGACAACAACAACAACCACUACAACAACCACAACCACAACAACGACCACAACAACUCCUUGCACCACUACUACAACAACGACUACAAUAACGACUACAACAACGACUACAACAACGACUACAACAACGACGACAACCACUACGACAACAACAACAACCACUACAACAACUCCGUGCACCACGACUACAACAACGACUACAACAACAACCACAACAACGACCACAACAACUCCAUGCACCACGACUACAACAACGACCACAACAACAACAACCACUACCACAACCACUACAACAACCACAACAACUCCGUGCACCACGACUACAACAACGACAACAACAACAACCACAACAACGACAACAACAACUCCAUGCACCACUACUACAACAACGACCACAACAACGACCACAACAACUCCAUGCACAACUACUACAACAACGACUACAACAACCACAACAACGACGACAACAACAACAACCACAACAUGCCCCACGACAACAACAACGACCACGACAACAACCACAACAACAACUCCAUGUACUACGACUACAACAACGACGACAACAACGACAACUUGCACCACGACAACCAGCACCACAACAACUUGCACCACGACAACCAGCACCACGACAACUUGCACCACGACAACCAGCACCACAACAACUUGCACCACGACAACUAGCACCACGACAACUUGCACCACGACAACUUGCACCACGACAACAUGCACUACUACCACUCCAUGCGGUUCAACGACAACAACAUGCGCUGGAAUCAUAACAACACCGUGCCCAGGUGGAAAAGCGAAUAAGGGCAUGUCAGCACUGAGUGCUAAGCACCCGAUUCGUGCCCGUCCCAACCGUCGUCCUCUUAAAGAAGUAGCUCAGGCUUUAGUUGGCCUCUCAUCCGUCGAUGAUCAAAUUCAAAUGAUUUGCGUUGGCAAACCUGACGGCUUUCUUUUGGCCUCCCCUAAGCGCUGCAACGACUACUACAUCUGCCGCCACCAGCAAGCACUGAAGGUCAGCUGCGGUAACAAAUACUUCAACGGACAGAAGGGCAUUUGCGAUCUGCCCGAGAAUACCGGAUGUAUUUCUGAUGUCCCCGAAUCGGUUCAAUGUAAUGAAUUAGAGAGGCCAACGCCAGAUCCCGAAUGCCUGAAGGUUCCGAGCGGAACUGUGUUUCCCUCCAUGCAGCACUGUGAUGAGUUCAUGGUUUGCAUUGAUCAGCAAAUGAUAAUGCAGAAAUGUCCCGACCACUUUCUUUUUAAUCCCGUUAUACUCAUUUGCGAUGAUGCCGAAGACGCUGUGUGCUACAAUGAUGAGACUACAGCACUGACAACAACACAAACACCAAGCACGGCUACAGAAACAUUCACGAAAUGUGUGGGCCAAGAGUUGGGUACAUCUUUUCCAUAUAUUGAAGACUGCCAACAGUAUAUUUUGUGUCUGGGCGACGAUCAGUAUUACAAAGCGAAAUGUCCAGUAAAUGCCUGGUAUGAUCCAAAGACAGGCGAGUGUGGGCGAGAUGUGCCGAAAACAGCUUGCCAGGAAGUUGAAACAACAACCACCGCAGCAAGCACAACUCAAAGUCCACAAGAUCGCUGCGCUGAUCAGAAUCUGGGAGUCUCUUAUCCAUUAACUAUCGACUGUACGAAGUACAUAAUGUGCUUGGGGAAUGGAGAGUCUGCCAUUGUCGAUUGUAUAUAUAAUGCUUGGUAUAAUCCGGCGACGGGAGAGUGUGAACAGGAUGUGUCGCCCACAGCGUGCCAGGAGAGCCCUAUCACAACAACCACCACAGCAGCAACUACUGCAGCGACAACUCCACAAACGCCAUCCACAACAACCGAUCAGCUAGAUCCGCAGAUUUGUGCCGGAUUACCAAACGGACAAUAUGUUAGCUAUCCAGAUAAUUGUCGCAAAUAUAUCGUUUGUGCAGAGCCAGUGCCUAUAGCAUUUUACUGCCCUACUGUAUAUUACUUCAGUGCGGCAGAGCAGCAGUGUACGCUUGCGGCUGAAAGCGAUUGCGAUACCCCGAUAGUGGCGCCACCUCUGCCGACACCUUCUUCGGACAUCUGCAUGUAUAACAGCGACAAAACAUUCCCAUUUACAGCAAACUGUCAGUGGUACAUUCGUUGCGUAAAUGAUAAGGUCUAUAUGAUGGGCGUUUGCAGCGGCGGCGAGUUCUACGAUCCCGUCAGUGGUGAAUGUGGUGUCAAUGUUUCGCCCGACGCCUGUCUCGAGACUGACACCUCAACCACAACAGCUUUGACUACAAAGGUGGUUACAACCACUUCUUCUGCGCCAACAUCACAGCCUGAAGUCAGUGAUCCUUGUGAGGGUGUAGAGGAAGAUGAAUUAGUACCCUAUCCCAAUGACUGUACCAAAUUCAUUCAGUGUAAAACACCCAAUCCUCUGAUCUUCGAAUGCGCCGAGGAUCAAGAGUUUAGUCCAACGCUCAAGCGCUGCAUGGCUAGCUGGUUUGCCGGCUGUAAAGUGACACCAACUUCCACUACUGAAUUCCCUGUGACAACAACCACCGAGUCCCAUCAAUCCAAGCCCAAUGACCUUUGCGAAGGCACAACUGAAGGCUCGCUGGUUCCUUAUCCGCACAAUUGCUCAAAAUAUAUUGUAUGUCAAAAGCCCAUUGCUGUGGGCUACGUGUGCCCAGCUGGAGAGGAAUUCAAUCCAAUAAUCAGGAGCUGCAUGCAAGCGCAGCUAGCCAAUUGUACGACAUAA